CUUGGAUGUGUUGAUACAGAGACUGCAAAGCUCCACGGUGUGGCAGCACGAGAACAUAGGGCACGUGAACAUUGUGUGCCUUUGCUGUGCUGACUCUGAGCAUUCCAAUGGCAUCCUACUGAACGAGGUUCUCGUGCAGACUUUAUCCAUUUUGGCCCUUUGUCUUUAGAAACAUUUCUGCUCAGAGGAAACAGUUUCACCAUGCAGCUGGAAGCACAGCUUAGACUUUGCCAGAACUGUAUGUGGUUUUACAGAGCCACACAGCGGCUUAUAUCUCACUCAGCCUCACACAGGUCGUCAGCAAAUUACUACGAUCUUUUAGGAGUGAAACCUGAUGCUUCGUUGGAACAAAUAAAGAAUGCAUUUUUUGACAAGUCCAAAAAGCUCCAUCCAGACAGUGACCCAUCAAACCCAAGCCUUCACAGCCAAUUUGUGCAGCUGAAUGAGGCCUACACAGUCCUUAGCAGAGAGGUCACCAGGAGAGACUAUGACUUGCGUUUGCGUAACUCUUUCUCUGGAGGGCAGGCCUUCAGACAAACAUCCAGCUACUCCUACAGCCCCAGUGCUGAGGCAGCUGAACGAAUGCGGUACUGGGAUCAGUUCAGACAUGCCCAGGAAAACACAGCAGAGGACAUGGAGCAGAGGAAGAAACGCAACAAGCGUUUAGUGGGCUACUGUGUAUUAGGCAUGAUAAUCAGUAUCUGUGUCCAUUAUGCGGGAUUCAGGAAGCUGGAAGAAGUUCAUACUAACUUCAUGGAUGAAAAGGACCGAAUCAUCACUGAAAUAUACAAUGAGACUAAAGAGAGAGCCAGGGUGAAUGGCUUCAAAAAACAGCAGGAGAUCUUAAGACAAAAACACGCUGAGUUUCUUGAGAAAUACAAGAUUCGCAACAACGGAGAAGACAAGUAGAAGAGUCUGGAACACAGAAGAAAUUAUAUACAAAAGAGAACUUGGGUGUUUAGUCAUAGAAGUUUUUUGGAAUGAAUGUUAAUGUUAUGUAGGGUAGUUUUUAAACAUUUUUGAAGGUCACACAUUUGGACUUCAUGACAGAACUUAAGUCACACUGUGUUGCCUUCAGGGGGUGAAUACUCUCGGUUUGUAAUAUAACCAUACAGUUUCAUGAACAUGCAUUGGUACAGAUCUCACACCCACAGACCAAUGUAGGUCACAGUAUUACCUGAGCCAAUCGAAUGUGAUAUUGUACCUGCUCUUGAUCAGGUGUCCAAAACCCUGUUGGUUAAGUUUGCUCAGAUGUUCUGGGCAAGACUUAUUUUUGCUUGGUGCGUGUAGCACCACAGAAACAUAAUGUUCCAUAUGUAAACACUGUUAAACACUCUGUAUAUGUAGCUCCUUUUACAGUUUCACACUGUAUAUAGCACAAGGACAUGGGAUGGGCAGAAUAGAGCUGUCAUUGCGUGAACUCGGUAUACUGAAGGCACCCCAAUUUGUCAACACCAAGUACAGUGCAAUAUAGGGGGUUAGUUCCCAGUUCCCAGGAGAGGAUAUUUGUUUGGACAUAAUAUUUUUUACUGUAGCAUUUCUUCCCAGUGCAAAAAUCUGGAAGAAAGGGAUAUGUCUAGAAGAUCAUGAUGUAUGAUAUACAUCAAAUCUGUAAAUAUUAACAGUAACGUGUCGUCAGACACUUUCCAGGAAUUCCUUUGUACCACAAUGCCUUCAGCUGUAAAGAAAACUAAGACUCUUUGUGAAGCUGUUUUAAUGAUCGCCUUAAUGAUCGCCAGUGUCGUUGUUCC